UUCUUUUUGCCCAUUUUAAAUUUUUGGCUUUUGGGUUGUCUCUUUUGAAUCAGGAGAAACCCUAGCUUUUCAUUUCUUUUCUUUGGAUUGAAACGAUCAAACGGAGAAAUGGGUUCCGAAGGAUCAAGAGUUGUAGUCCCUCGGAAUUUCAGAUUGCUAGAAGAGCUUGAUAGAGGUGAAAAGGGAAAUGGGGAUGGAACAGUUAGCUAUGGAAUGGAUGAUGCUGAUGAUAUUUACAUGCAGUCAUGGACUGGGACUAUUAUUGGUCCGCCUAAUACUGUUCACGAGGGACGCAUCUACCAGUUGAAGCUAUUCUGUGGCCUGGAUUAUCCAGAUAAUCCACCAAGUGUGAGGUUUCAAACCCGGAUAAACAUGACCUGCGUCAAUCAGGAGACUGGAGCGGUUGUACCUAGCCUUUUCCCCAUGCUUGCUAAUUGGCAAAGGGAGUAUACAAUGGAGGAUAUAUUGACAAAGCUGAAGAAAGAAAUGAUAUCUCCACAGAACAAGAAGCUUGCUCAGCCACCUGAAGGCAAUGAAGAAGCAAGGCUUGAUCAAAAGGGCUUGGUGCUGAAGUGUUGCAUCGUUUGAACUUCAUCAGAGCUGUAUGAACGGAAUGUGUAUAAAAUAUAUAUGGUUAGAUAAUCCCAGCGGCCGGCUUAGUACCAUAUAUAUAUAUAUAUUAUGCUUUUUGUAUGGGAAAGAUGUUCCCACCGAAUGGUGGUUAAAUAAAGGGAACUUCUUAA